AUGCGCACGCACGUGCAACACAUCCAUCCUUGCAUGCGCAACUGUUGGAGUAUUUUGCGAUCUGAUUCUACGAGCCACUGUUUGGCUGCUCGAUCUCACAGAGUUCUGUCUAUCAAUCUAUCUAUCUAUCUAUUUCUGUUCAUUCUGUUCUCAGAUUAUAUUCAUAUAUCACAUUCUGUUCCUAUCUAUCUAUCUAUCUAUCUAUCCAUUCAUCUAUCUCAUAUUCAUAUAUCUCACAUUCUGUUCAUAUCUAUCUAUUCAUCUAUCUAUCUAUCUAUCUCAUAUUCAUAUAUCUCACAUUCUGUUCAUAUCUAUUCAUCUAUCUAUCUAUCUAUCUAUCUAUCUCAUAUUCAUAUAUCUCACAUUCCAUUCUAUCUAUCUAUCUAUCUAUCUAUCUAUCUAUCUAUCUAUCUAUCUAUCUAUCUCAUAUUCACAUAUCCUCACAUUCUGUUCAUAUCUAUCUAUCUAUCUAUCUAUCUAUCUCAUAUUCAUAUAUCUCACAUUCUGUUCAUAUCUAUCUAUCUAUCUAUCUAUCUAUCUAUCUAUCUCAUAUUCAUAUAUCUCACAUUCUGUUCAUAUCUAUCUAUCUAUCUAUCUAUCUAUCUAUCUCAUAUUCAUAUAUCUCACAUUCUGUUCAUAUCUAUCUAUCUAUCUAUCUAUCUAUCUAUCUAUCUAUCUAUUUCUCUCACAUUAUAUUCAUUAUCUCACUUUCUGUUCAUAUCUAUCUAUCUAUCUAUCUAUCUAUCUAUCUCAUAUUCAUAUAUCUCACAUUCUGUUCAUAUCUAUCUAUCUAUCUAUCUAUCUCAUAUUCAUAUAUCUCACAUUCUGUUCAUAUCUAUCUAUCUAUUCAAUCCAUCUAUCCAUCCAUCUAUCUAUCUAUCCACAUUCAUAUAUCUCACAUUCUGUUCACAUCCAUCUAUCCAUCCAUCCAUCUAUCUAUCUAUCUAUCUCAUAUUCAUAUAUCUCACAUUCUGUUCAUAUCUAUCUCAUCUAUCUAUCUAUCUAUCUAUCUAUCUCAUAUUCAUAUAUCUCACAUUCUGUUCAUAUCUAUCUAUCUAUCUAUCUCAUAUUCAUAUAUCUCACAUUCUGUUCAUAUCUAUCUAUCUAUCUAUCUAUCUAUCUAUCUAUCUAUCUAUCUAUCUAUCUCAUAUUCAUAUAUCUCACAUUCUGUUCAUAUCUAUCUAUCUAUCUAUCUAUCUAUCUAUCUAUCUAUCUCAUAUUCAUAUAUCUCACAUUCUGUUCAUAUCUAUCUAUCUAUCUAUCUAUCUAUCUAUCUAUCUCAUAUUCAUAUAUCUCAUUCUGUUCAUAUCUAUCAUUAUCUAUCUAUCUAUCUAUCUCAUAUUCAUAUCUCACAUUCUGUUCAUAUCUAUCUAUCUAUCUAUCUAUCUAUCUAUCUAUCUCAUAUUCAUAUAUCUCACAUUCUGUUCAUAUCUAUCUAUCUAUCUAUCUCAUAUUCAUAUAUCUCACAUUCUGUUCAUAUUCAUCUAUCUAUCUAUCUAUCUAUCUAUCUAUCUAUCUAUCUCAUUAUAUUCAUUAUCUCACUUUCUGUUCAUAUCUAUCUAUCUAUCUAUCUAUCUAUCUCAUAUUCAUAUAUCUCACAUUUUGUUCAUAUAUCUAUCACAUCAUAUCAUCUAUCUAUCUAUCUCAUAUUCAUAUAUCUCAUAUUCAUAUAUCUCACAUUCUUCAUAUAUCUAUCUAUCUAUCUAUCUAUCUCAUAUUCAUAUAUCUCACAUUCUGUUUCAUAUCUCAUCUAUCUAUCUCCAUCUAUCUAUCUAUCUAUAUUCAUAUAUCCUCACAUUCUGUUCAUAUCUAUCUAUCUAUCUAUCUAUCUAUCUCAUAUAUUCAUAUAUCUCACAUUCUGUUCAUAUCUAUCUAUCUAUCUAUCUAUCUCAUAUUCAUAUAUCUCACAUUCUGUUCAUAUCUAUCUAUCUAUCUAUCUCAUAUUCAUAUAUCUCACAUUCUGUUCAUAUCUAUCUAUCUAUCUAUCUAUCUAUCUCAUAUUCAUAUAUCUCACAUUCUGUUCAUAUCAUUAUCUAUCUAUCUCAUAUUCCAUCUAUCUAUCUAUCUCAUAUUCAUAUAUCCAUCAUUCUAUGUUCAUAUUCAUCUAUCUAUCUAUCAUAUCUAUCUAUCUAUCUAUCCAUCUAUCUCAUAUUCAUAUAUCCUCACAUUCUGUUCAUAUCUAUCUAUCUAUCUAUCUAUCUAUCUAUCUCAUAUUCAUAUAUCUCACAUUCUGUUCAUAUCUAUCUAUCUAUCUAUCUAUCUAUCUAUCUAUCUAUCUAUCUAUCUCAUAUUCAUAUAUCUCACAUUCUGUUCAUAUCUAUCUAUCUAUCUAUCUAUCUAUCUAUCUAUCUAUCUAUCUAUCUAUCUCACAUUAUCAUUCAUUAUCUAUCUAUUUAUCUCACAUCAUAUUCUAUCCCCACAUCUAUUCAUCUAUCUAUCUAUCUAUCUAUCUAUCAUCUAUCUCACAUUAUAUUCAUUAUCUCCACUUUCUCUGUUCAUAUCUAUCUAUCCAUCUAUCUAUCUAUCUAUCUAUCUAUCUAUCUAUCUCAUAUUCAUAUAUCUCACAUUCUGUUCAUAUCUAUCUAUCCAUCCAUCAUAUCUCCAUCUAUUCUAUCUAUCUAUCUCCAUAUUCAUAUAUAUCUCACAUUCUAUUCAUCUAUCUAUCUAUCUAUCUAUCUAUCUAUCCAUCUAUCAUCCAUCCAUCUCAUAUUCAUAUAUCUCACAUUCUGUUCAUAUCAUCAUCUAUCUAUCUAUCCUCAUUAUAUCCAUAUAUCUCACAUUCUGUUCAUGUCUAUCCAUCUAUCUAUCUAUCUAUCUAUCUAUCUAUCUAUCUAUCUCACAUUAUAUUCAUUAUCUCACUAUUCAUGUUCAUAUUCAUAUAUCUCAUCUAUCUAUCUAUCUAUCUAUCUAUCUAUUCAUAUUCAUAUAUCUCACAUUCUGUUCAUAUCUAUUCAUCUAUCUAUCUAUCUCAUUAUAUUAUAUUCAUUAUAUUUCCUUUCUAUCCAUAUUCAUCUAUCUAUCUAUCUAUCUAUCUAUCUAUCUCAUAUUCAUAUAUCUCACAUUCUGUUCAUAUCUACAUCCAUCUAUCUAUCCACAUUAUAUUCAUUAUCUCACUUCUGUUCAUAUCUCAUCAUCUAUCUAUCUAUCUAUCUAUCUAUCUAUCUAUCUAUCUCAUAUUCAUAUAUCUCACAUUCUGUUCAUAUCUAUCCAUCCAUCUAUCUAUCUCACAUUAUAUUCAUUAUCUCACUUUCUGUUCAUAUCUAUCUAUCUAUCCAUCUAUCCAUCCAUCUAUCUAUCUAUCUCAUAUUCAUAUAUCUCACAUUCUGUUCAUAUUCAUCUAUCUAUCUAUCUCACAUUAUAUUCAUUAUCUCACUUUCUGUUCAUAUCUAUCUAUCUAUCUAUCUAUCUAUCUAUCUCAUAUUCAUAUAUCUCACAUUCUGUUCAUAUUCAUCUAUCUAUCUAUCUCACAUUAUAUUCAUUAUCUCACUUUCUGUUCAUCAUUCAUCCAUCUAUCCAUCUAUAUCAUCUAUCUAUCUAUCUAUCCAUAUCUAUCUAUCUAUCUCAUAUUCAUUCAUUAUCUCACAUUUCUGUUCAUAUCUAUCUAUCUAUCUAUCUCACAUUAUAUUCAUUAUCUCACUUUCUGUUCAUAUCUAUCUAUCUAUCUAUUAUAUUCAUUAUCUAUCUAUCUAUCUAUCUAUCUAUCUAUCUCAUAUUCAUAUAUCUCAUAUUCAUAUGUUCACAUUCUGUUCAUCUCAUCUAUCUAUCUAUCUCACAUUAUAUUCAUUAUCUCACUUUCUGUUCAUAUCUAUCUAUUCAUUCAUCCAUCUCAUCUAUCUAUCUCAUAUUCAUAUAUCUCACAUUCUGUUCAUAUCUAUUCAUCUAUCUAUCUCACAUUAUAUUCAUUAUCUCACUUUCUGUUCAUAUCUAUCUAUCUAUCUAUCUAUCUAUCUAUCUAUCUCAUAUUCAUAUAUCUCACAUUCUGUUCAUAUCUAUCUAUCUAUCUAUCUCACAUUAUAUUCAUUAUCUCACUUUCUGUUCAUAUCUAUCUAUCUAUCUAUCUAUCUAUCUAUCUAUCUAUCUAUCUAUCUCAUAUUCAUAUAUCUCACAUUCUGUUCAUAUCUAUCUAUCUAUCUAUCUCACAUUAUAUUCAUUAUCUCACUUUCUGUUCAUAUCUAUCUAUCUAUCUAUCUAUCUAUCUAUCUCAUAUUCAUAUAUCUCACAUUCUGUUCAUAUCUAUCUAUCUAUCUAUCUCACAUUAUAUUCAUUAUCUCACUUUCUGUUCAUAUCUCAUCUAUCUAUCUAUCUAUCUAUCUAUCUAUCUAUCUAUCUCAUAUUCAUAUAUCUCACAUUCUGUUCAUGUCUAUCUAUCUGUCUAUCUAUCUAUCUAUCUAUUUCUCUCACAUUAUAUUCAUAUAUCUCACAUUCUGUUUCUAUCUAUCUAUCUAUCUAUCUAUCUAUCUAUCUCACAUUAUAUUCAUAUAUCUCUGUUCAUCUGUUCAUCUCUCUCUCUCUCCCUCCCUCUUCUUCCCUCUCUCAAUCUUCAUGAGACACAAAACCCUCAAGGCGUCGGGUACAGCCUGCAGGAAUCGAACUCAUGACUUUCGAGACUUUCCUUUUCCUUCUUCUUCUUCUUCUUCUUCUUCUUCUUCUUCUUCUUCUUCUUCUUCUUCUUCUUCUCCGACUCGUCGUCUCCUGUCUAUUUAA